AAUGGACACAAACAGCUUCUGAAUGGAGGAGAAACAGGAUUUACAGGCAUGGAUCAUUUCAUGGCAGGCACAUCUCAGAUACAAGGAACAGGUGGUUUUGAUUCAUUUGGCACAAGCCCUCACCUGGAAGUUACAGGUAUAACAGAUCAGUCAAGCCAUUACUUCCUUGUUGGCUUGAUGGGUGGAAUAGGAGAGAGCUUUGGUCCAGACACCCAAACAGACGGGCUAGAUCACAUGGGACUCGCAUUUCAGGUGGAUUCGGCAGCCGCUGGCCUGAGUCCAGGGCACCCGUCCAGUGGCGGUCCGGUUCUAGAAGCUCCUCCAGACUCUCCAGGACCGGAUUACCUGUCUGUUGACAAUGGGAAUGGUGAUUAUAAUCAUUCAAUCAACACGGCUGAUAAUGGAGCCCAAUCAAAAUCACCAGUUGAUACAACAGAUUCCUCAGUAGUCUUUGGCAUAAUGUCACAUCCGGGCCAUUCCUUCUUAGAUUAUUCAGAUGGUGGGGCAGAUAAUAAUGGUGCAGACUUACCUGAUACAAAUGGAAAUGGAAACGGUAGGCACAAACCUGUGGUAGGCAUGCAGAAAGGUGACCCUCCAGGCAUUCAUCUCGACAUCAGCGGAACAGGCCAUCAGGACGCUGCAGUGGAGAUGCAUCACGCAGCUGUUGGCACUCUUGAUCAAAGUGACCACACCCUCAGUCCUUACGCUGACACGACUGGAUUUGACGGUGUCACCGGUGCAAGCAUGCAGACAGAUAUGGCAGGUGCGGCGGGUGAUCCAGUGACUGACGGACAGAAUCAAACAGACAUGACAGGGCAGGGACACUUAGCUGUGACUGACGGCGUGCCGAGUUACACAGCAGAUUCUGUGCGUGCGACUGGGACUGGAUUUACAGAUGCCUCAGAGACACAUGGUAGCACGGUUCAGACAGACUUACCAGUCACAGGGGAUCCAUUCACAGGGGUUUCCUCACAGACAGAUGCCAUUGGCACAGCUACAGCUGAACCUCAAGGGACUCUCAGGAGUCCAAGCCAACCUGGUGCUACGGAACAGACAAAGCCAGCUGUAUCAGCAGGUGAACAGUACCACACAUCUGGUCAGGGUCCUGAAGGUGCAGAAAAUGUGGAACUGGAAGAUACCUGCUGAUUUCCACAUGAAGCCGCGAGUGAGGUUUCUGCGCUACAGAUUUCAGUGCACAGACCUGAACGCCUGGCAGAGGAACCGUGAACCCGCCCGCUAGACUCAGCUCUCCUUUAUCUGUGUGUGUGUGUGUGUGUGUGUGUGUGUCCGUUUGUUUUAUUUUCGACUAUUUAAACAUUCAGAGGAUACUGUAACUUAACGUUUUAUUGCGCCUGUUUAUAAAAGUGCCCUGUAGCCUAAGUAUUUUAUUCAUUAGUACAACGAAAGAAAAAUAAAUAAAUCAAAGAGAGGAAAAUCACGAUUUUAAACGUAUUUGCUGUGUAAAUGUAACGGUUGUUUUCCCCAUAAAUGUCGCUACUGUAUUUUCUUGCCUAGAAGUUGAAGCAAUAUUCUUGUCCAAUGUCUCAGACUGUAUAAUGCUGAAUGUAUGUCAUUUGAUGAUAAUCUUUACAUUAAAUUGAACAUCUAUUUUGAACAUCAAAUUCAAAUAUUUGUAAUUUUACCCGUU